AAUGGAAUUUGAAACCUUAUAAAUAUCUACUCGUUGGUGGUCUCAUGCCAUAAUAAAGCGUAAUGUUGUUCUUCAAAAUCUCAAUCCAAAAUGGGUUUUUUACUCCCCCAUCCAGCUUUUUUCUGGGAAAUCAUAGUUGUUUUUCUCUCACUCCACGCAGCAGAAGCUGCAAAUGUUUCUCCUUCAGGAAGCACAAAAACUGACCAGCUCGCAUUGCUUGCUUUCAAAUCUGCCAUCUCUGAUCCACUUGAAGCCUUGAGUUCCUGGAGCAAUGCUUCUCUUGAUCCCUGCGAGUGGAAGGGAGUCACUUGUGGACUAAAAGCUCAAAGGCGUGUAACAGCUUUAGAGCUCCACUCACUUCAACUUGAAGGCCCUUUAUCUCCCUCCAUCUCCAACAUCACCUUCCUGGCAUAUCUCCAGCUUUCACAUAAUCUAUUUCAUGGCCACAUACCAAAAGAGAUUGGGAGAUUGUCACAAUUAGAAUACAUUGACCUUACAAAGAAUUAUUUUGAAGGAGUUAUUCCUGAUGCUUUGUGCUCCCUUCCAAUGCUCAAUCUCUUGAUGCUUGGUGAUAACAAUCUUACUAAUUUCAUCCCUCCAUUGCUCGGUAACAGCACUUCUCUAAACUAUUUAAAUCUUUCUGCAAACCACUUAUCAGGAACUAUUCCGGAGUUUCUUAUGAACAAUUCAGCGCUUUUAUUGCUUGAUCUUUCCAAUAACCAUCUCACGGGCGGCAUCCCAGCUUCAAUAGGUGCUUUCUCGAGUCUCUACUAUAUUGAUCUUUCAAGCAACAAUCUUGAAGGAAGCAUCCCUCCCAUGUUAUCCACAGGAAAGAAUAUAAAAACUAUUGAUCUGUCUUCCAAUAAUCUUUCACAAAAUAUCCCACCUUCAUUACUCAAUAACUCAACACUUCACUAUUUGAAUCUUAAGAGAAAUGGCUUAACUGGAAAGAUCCCACCUUUUCUGAAAUCUUCCUCAAUACUUGGUUUUCUUGAGCUAUCAGAGAACCAACUCUCAGGAGAUAUGCCUCCCUCACUGGGAAAUCUAUCCUCCCUUAAUUACCUUUAUCUUGCUCAAAACAAGUUGGAAGGAAGCAUUCCAGAAAGCUUAGGUAGUAUAUCUAGAUUAAAGGAGCUAUAUAUACCUGCAAACAAGUUGUCAGGUAAAUUUCCUUCUUCUUUCUAUAACCUGUCAUCCAUCACUUAUAUUGGCAUGGCAGAAAAUAAUCUCUCUGGACUGCUUUUGCCGACCAUGGGCUUAAAACUACCACUGCUUCAAAAAUUAGACUUGCAAGAAAACAAUUUUGAAGGAUCUAUUCCUCGUUCAUUAUGCAAUGUGUCUGGACUUCAAAUACUCGAUCUUGCCGGAAACAGCUUGAGUGGAAUGAUACCUUCCUGCCUAGGAACCCUUCCAAAUAUCACUCAGAUUGAUAUUGGGUGGAAUCAAUUGCAUUCGAAUGACAUGAGCAUCCUCUCAUCUUUCACAAAUUGCACUCUUUUGAAAACACUGUCUUCAAAAAAUAAGUUACAGGGUGAAUUACCAGUGUCAAUUGGUAACUUCUCUAUGAAACUUGAAUCUCUAUGGUUGGGAACCAAUCAAAUAUUUGGGAUGAUUCCUGCAGAGAUAGGUAGCCUUGCUGGAUUAACUGCUCUUUUCAUGAAUGAAAACCUAUUUAGAGGAAGCAUUCCAUCUACCAUGGGUAAUCUUUCAAAAUUGAAUGAGCUUGAUUUGUCUGGAAAUAAGCUAGCAGGACAAAUUCCAUUAUCUAUUGGCAAGUUAACUCAGCUAAAUGACCUGUACUUGCAAGACAAUCGACUGAGUGGUAGCAUACCAUCAACUUUAGGAUUUAAUUGGAAAUACCUACAUGAGUUAAACCUUUCUCAUAAUGCAUUAGAAGGAAGCAUUCCUAUGGAAGUUGUCAGCCUAUCCUCUCUCACAAGGUUUUUAGAUCUCUCACACAAUUCUUUGAGUGGACCUUUGCCAUUCCAAGUUAGUAGCCUGCAGAACCUUGUAGCCUUGAAUUUAUCAUACAACCAGUUGUCAGGAGAAAUUCCAGAAACUCUUGGUUAUUGUUCAAUGUUGCAAUACUUAAAAAUGGAGAUGAACUUCUUCCAAGGAAGUAUUCCCAAAACAUUUAGCGAACUAAAUGCCUUGAUAGAGCUUGAUCUUUCUCACAAUAAUUUAUCUGGGCAAAUUCCAAAAUUCUUGGAAAAGUUUAGUUACUUGCAUUUUCUAAACUUAUCAUUCAAUAGUUUUGAGGGUGAAGUCUCGGAGGAUGGUAUUUUCGCCAAUGCAUCUGCUCUAUCUAUAACUGGCAAUCCGAAGCUUUGUGGUGAUAAUCCAAUCUUACAUUUACAAUCAUGCCAAGAAGAAGAAAGAUCAAAUGAACUGAAAAUCGUACUUCUAAUUAUAGUUGUCGUUAUUGUGGUCAUAUCAUUGUGUGCAAUUUGCAUUAUGUAUAUAUCAAAGAAGAAGUUUACUACAUUGCUCGUAGCAAAAUCACCUUAUCCAUCAAUUACAUAUUCUGAAAUCUUCAAUGCAACUAAUGGAUUUUCUAAUGCAAACCUGAUUGGAAGUGGUAGUUUUGGCUGUGUAUACAAACUAAAUAUGCUUCAUGGAGAAAAUGAAGUUGCUAUUAAGGUGUUUAAUCUCCACCAAAGAGGAGCCAUGAGGAGCUUUAUCACUGAAUGCCAAGUCCUGAAAAAUAUCCGUCAUAGAAAUCUUCUAAAGAUUGACACAUUAUGCUCAAGUUUGGAUUCCAAUGGUAAUGAGUUUAAGGCUCUUAUCUUUGCAUACAUGCCUAAUGGGAGCUUAGAGAAUUGGUUGCACCCAGAAACUGAAGAUAAGUUUCUUAAGUCUAAAAGAUUGAGUUUAUAUCAGAGGUUAAACAUAGCCAUAGAUGUGGCCUUGGCACUGGAGUACCUUCAUGAUAAUUGUGUACCUCCAAUUGUUCAUUGUGAUAUAAAGCCAAGCAAUAUUCUUCUAAACAAUAAUAUGACAGCCAUGGUUAGCGACUUCGGCUUGGCAAAGAUCAUGUCUUCGGCCGUCUCCGCGGAUUCAUCCUUUAGCUCAGCAAGCUUGAUGUGGCUUCAAGGAUCCAUUGGAUACAUUGCACCAGAAUAUGGAAUGGGAAACCAAAUCUCCUGGCUAGGAGAUGUGUAUAGCUACGGUGUCCUUCUACUGGAGAUUCUAACAGGCAAAAGACCCACUGAUAAUUCAUUUGUACAAGGCAUAAACCUACAUAAAUAUGUAGAGAGUGCAUUUCCAGAAAUGAUUUCUACCAUUUUAGAUCCUCAAAUCUUGCAAGAAAUCGAAGAUGGAACUAAUGGAAGGAGCUUUGGAACUCACAUAGAAGAGUGCUUGGUUUCAUUAGUCCAUAUUGGACUCACUUGCUCAAGUGAAUUACCAACACAGAGAAUAGGGAUGGCUACUGUUGUCAAAGAACUCAAUUCACUUCGAGAAAUUUUCUUUUAGGUUCUCAAGUUGGCCAAAGACAGAGUUGCAUGAAAAUGGCAUUAGAUCAUGUAUCUAUAUAUAAUACUUUUCAGUAUCUUUGCAUUAUAUAAAUAUUCAAAUUAGUGUAGCACCACUCUAUAAUUAGGAGCUCUUAACAAA